AUGAUUGGAGUUUUACAUCUGAAAGAAAUGUCUUUUUAGAUAGAGUAAUUUUUCUAAUUUCUACAUCAAUUAAAUUUAUAUUUCAAAAAAUAAAAUAGAUAAAUUAAUAAUAAUUUUUCAUUGAAAAUAAGUUUAGAUAAAACACAAGAAAUUGAUGAAAAUGUAUAAGAAGUGUAAGAUGAUACAAAAGUUAAAAACUUAUAAAACUAAAAGUAAGAAUUAGAAAAAAAGAUUUCUGAUGAUGAAGAAUUUAUACAACAAUAAAGAUAAAAGUUGGAAGAAUUAUAAUAAGAAUAUGAAAUUACAAUAACAGAAAAAAUUUCAUAUGCAUCAAAUGAAGUAGAGACGUGGAUCAAAAAAUACUCAAAUCUAGAAAAAAACUAUAAUGAUAGUUAAUAAAAAAUAUAAAAUCUUAAAAAAUAAUUAGCAUAAGUGGAAGCAGCUGAUAAAGCUAUAUAGGAUUAAAAGAGAAUGGAAACUAAAUAAGAAGUCAGAAAAAGUUCUAAAAUGUAUUGA